GUGAUCACUGUCCGUACUUAAGGCCGCUGUACACCCGCAAUUAUUUGGCAGACCAGACACCUCGAAUCCGAUAAGCAAUACUCCACCGAACCACAGCUGCUCGCUGCUCCCAUUCCUUCACCCCCGGCCGCACCCCCGUCCAUACGUCCAUACAUCCGUCUCCAGCUCCAGCUCCGACCCCAACCCGACGAAGGCACGAUGUCCACCGAAGUCGUCCCACAAAAAUACGUCUUCUAUUACUACACACCAUCAAUCGUUGCUGCAGCGAUAUUCGCUGUCAUCUUCGCCCUUACCACAAUUGCCCAUGGAUUCCAACUUAUCCGGUCACGGACAUGGUACUUCAUACCGAUGUUUAUCGGCGCCUUGAUGGAGGCAAUCGGAUACGUUGGGCGGAUAAUGUCGCACAGUGACAAAGAGAAUCUCGGGCCGUACAUCAUGCAAUCGCUGCUCCUCCUCGUAGCACCGGCCCUCUUCGCAGCCUCGAUCUACAUGGUUCUAGGGCGCCUGAUAGCCUACCUCGAUGCGGCGCACCACUCGAUGAUCCGGCUCAACUGGCUGACGAAAUUCUUCGUUCUUGGCGACGUGCUCUCGUUCAUGAUGCAAGGCGGGGGUGGCGGGAUGAUGGCCAAAGCGACAGAGGAGUCCGCGGACCUGGGGCAGAAGCUGAUUCUCGGCGGGCUAUUCGUGCAGCUGCUGUUUUUUGGCGGGUUCGUGGUGGUCGCAAUCCGGUUCCACACGCAGAUCGUGCGCGAGCCGACGGUGCUCGCCAGCUCGCUGCAGACCGGCGGGAAGAACGGGUGGUUGACCCUGCUGAGAGUGCUCUAUGGCGCCUCCGCCCUCAUCAUGGUCAGGAGCAUCUUCAGGGUCGUCGAGUAUAUCCAGGGCAAUAAGGGCUACCUCAUGCGCAACGAGGUCUGGCUGUACAUCUUCGACGCUGUCUUGAUGGCCGCCGCGGUGUUCCUGUUCAACCUCGUGCACCCGUCUAAUGUUAUCCUGUCGGAGGAUCGGAAGGGUUACACAGGUGGCGAGGCGGGCUUGCAGGAUGUUGAGAUGCAGCGGCACCACGGCGGGCGGAAGCACCGGGAUUCCGAGAAUAGGCAGCGCCGAUGAGGUUGGAUGGAAGUUUAGGUUUAGCAUUGGGUUUUGCGGGUGAGGUGGAUCUAUCAUCUAAGUUUUUGUUUUUUGUUUUUGUUUUUGGUGCGGACCUUCCUGGUGAGGUGGAUGGAAGUUUUUGCUUUGGGUAUUUACGGAUUUGGGGGUGAGCUGGAUAGAUGUUUCAUUCAACUGCAUAGUAUUUAGUGGAUUUCUUUACUUGUUUUAAGAGAGUGGCGCCUCAGUGGAAUUUCUUUGGCAAAGAUCAAUGGCUAGAGCUCACGGAAACCUGUGAGCGAACGAUGACAUUCACCGAGUGAUACAAGUCAUGUACUAGAGAGAGCGGAGAGGUAAAAUUUCUGGCGAUAACGGCGCCAGAAUUCAAGGUGGCAUAGACCGGUGCGUGGUGUGGCGAGUCUGGGCGUCUAGGCAUGUAUAAAAUAUAA